AUGAAUGAAAUUUUUGUCAAGGGUAAUGCCUCCACAUCCGAUAUAUCUUAUUUUGAAGGCGAAGCUGAUUUAAUUGAUGAAUUUAUCCAAAAACAUGAUCAGUUCUCUAUGUUGCAGUCAAUACUCGGUUGUAUUUACGGUCAAGCAUUGGGUGAUGCCUACGGUCUUGCUACAGAGUUCGAAACAAGAUGCAGUAUCGACAAAUUGUAUCCCGAUGGUCGUGAGAUUCCAUUUCCAAAUUUUAUUACAACACAUCAUUCACGACGAUGGAUGAAGGGUGACUGGACCGAUGACACUGAUCAGUGGAUACUAAUUAUGGAAACGAUCAUUGAACAAGAGGGAGUAGUUGAUGUUAAAGUAUUUGCGAAAAAACUUCUCCACUGGAUUCAUCAUGGUUUUCCACAGUUGAAGGAUUUUGGUGGUUUAGGUUUAGGACAAAAUGUAUCAAUGGUCUGUUCACAUCGUGAUUUUCUCGAAGAUCCUCAUAAAGCAUCGAAAGAUAUCUGGGAACGAAACAACCGCAAUAUAGCACCCAAUGGUGCGAUUAUGCGAUGCUCCAUUUUAGGCUUAUAUCAGUAUGAACAAAUUAACCAAGUAAUUGCCAAUACUGUCAAUAUUGCCAAAGUAACUCAUUUUGAUCCGCGAUGCCAAGCCUCUUGUUUGGUUGUUAAUCUUUGUAUUGCUUAUUUAUUGCAAAAUCCAAAGGGAGAUAUCGAAGACAUUGUUCGGAAAGCAGAACAUGAAACAAUUAACUGUCUAGGAGACAGCUUGUCCAAAGAGCAGAAAACAGAGUUUCUUUGGUACACAAAUAUAGAUCGUACACUUGACGAUUUGAAACUUGAUGAGUCGUCGUCGAUUGGGUAUACUUAUAAAUGUAUGGCAUCUGGAUUCCACGGUCUACGCUCAGAAGAAUCGUUUGAACAGACUCUUCAUAAGCUCAUUCGAGAAGGUGGUGAUGCUGAUACUAAUGGAGCUGUUUGUGGUUCACUUUAUGGGACGAAACAUGGCUAUAAAGCAUUACCCAAACCAUGGUUACAAGCAUUACCUUAUAAAAAGUGGCUCGAUCAAAAAGUCAUGCAAUUUCUACCAUUAAUCAAUCUGCAACCGUCUUCAUCAUCGGAAAUGAUUACCGAGAAACUUUAG